UUCAUUUAGUUGAGAUUGAACUUUCAUCAUGAAUAGAGCUGCACUAGAGGCGCGAUUCUUAAAGAUAACGAAAAUAUUCGCGAAACUGAAUGGGGUUUGGCCAGAUCAAAAUAAAGUAAAAUUCAUUUUAUGGGCUAUGGUGUAUAUUACUAUGGGAUCGUCUAUCAUUGUACAGGUAGCGAGAGUCAUACAUAUAGGCAGUUUGGAAGUCGUGAUAGAGCAGUCGUCCUUAAUAGGUGCGGGAUUUCUCAUGAUCAUAAAACAUGGUAACUAUGUUCUGAACGCAAAGAAGCUCAAAUCCCUUUUGAAUGACAUGUCCGAGGACUGGGCAAUCGAUCGUUUGAAAGAAGAAUUUGCCAUUAUGACUACAUAUGCUAAUAGAGGAAGCAUUCUUGCGAUGCUCUACUUUAUAAACGCGUGCAUAUGCGCAUUCCUUUUCUUACAAUUACCAUGGACGGCGCGUCUGGUGCACAUGAUGAAACCACACAAUACAUCAUCACCAAUGUUAUAUACUAUACCAGCUUACUAUUUUGUCGAAGAUGACCGCAAAUAUUACUAUUAUAUUCAAAUGUAUCUGGGCCUCUCUAUAUAUGUGGUGCUCAUCGUGUUCAUCGGUUGCGAUACUUGUUACAUUGUCCUUGUGCAGCAUGCUUGCGGAUUGUUGACUGUGACGGGGUACCGCUACAAAAAUGCAAUCAACGACCUUUCUUUCAAUACAAAGGAUUCCGAAGAGAUGGCGAAGGAGACAUAUGAAAGAGUACGCUUCUCCAUACAGGGGCACCAGCGGGCAAUAAUGUUUCUGGAAAAAAUCGAAAGCGCACACGUUAUAUACCUUUUUAUGUGUAUGGGCAUAAUAGUUUUGUGCGUUAGUAUUACGAUGGCACAGAUCGCUACGAUGGAAAUAUGUGUGGAUUUUUACAAAUUUAUCAGCUUUCUGAUGAUUCAGUUCUUGCAUCUGUUCUGUCUAACGAUGCAGGGACAAUUCAUCAUAAAUUCGUCUGAUGAAAUUUAUGAUGCAAUAUACGAGGCAUCAUGGUACAACACGAAUCCAAAAACGCAAGCGUUAUACUUAUUAGCGUUGCGGCGAAGUCUAACUCCAUGCUAUUUAACUGCUGGUGGUUUAAUACGGUUGAACAUGGAAAGCUUUUCAGAAGUGAUAAAACUGUGCGUUUCAUAUUAUACAGUGUUGAGAUCGACAUGAACAACGGAUCGAUAUUCAUUGAUUUGUGAUGACACCAUUGCCAAAUUAAUCACACUAGAUACAUUAUUUGGAAUGAUCGUUUUAUCAAUAUCAUUACGAUUGAUGGUGUAAAAUAACUUGAUAAAACUGUCUUAAUAUUAUCUCAAUUCAUAAUACAGAUACGAGUAUUAUCGAAAUCAACAAUUAGUAAAUAACAGUUUCAUUUCUGCUUACAGAAACAAAUAAAAAUAUUUGAACACUUGUAGAAGUUUUUUAUUAAUAUAUUAUUAUUUUAUUAAUAUAUAUUUGUCGGAGAGUCAGUAGGAUCGGAGGUGUGGGCGUGUAAUGAAUCUUCGCCAGUAUUAGCCAUUGUCAAGGAACGAUCCAGAGUUUAUUGGCACAAGUAUGGAGAUGUGAGAUUUGACAAAUAACUGCGGCGGUUAGGUACUCGCGAUGCGAAUGACAAUAGUCUUAGGUCCGAUAACGAAUCCGCGGUUAACGGGACUCUUUUACCCUUUACUCGUUGGCAACGCCUAGGUGGUACUCUCAGUUAGCAUGCGAAUUAAGCACUCUGUCGAAAUGAUACCUUAGUCGAUGAGAUCGUACUCGAAGCUCUCACGGUGACGCUGUUUUGGAAAAACUGCUCUACUCUCUCGCGGCCCCAGGUCGUUUAUACUCGUGGAGACAAGUCUUCGUUCGGAGAGUGAGGGAAAUUGCCGUUAUUGUUAAAUUGGUCAGUCUUCGGAAGUGUCAUUCGCGGA